AUGUCGUAUGCCGAGUGUGGUGGGGAGAACAGCACCUGCAAAGUAUUCUACAGCUGUGCCAACAUCAAGAUAAGACCAACUCCAGUGGGCCAGAGUCGGAACCUGUCAUCUUGCAGCAACUACCUUGACAACCUCAUGGGCCCAUGGCCAUACACUCCCCCAACAGAUCUACAAGAUCUUCUUGCCAGCUGCCUAAACCAUAAACUCUCCAAGCAUCAGUCUGGUACCAGACCUCAGGCUGUACACGUGGAUGCUCUGUCCAUGAAUCUAGAUUGUAUUGUCUGGGGCCACUCGUGGCUGCCCAGACACUCAGAUGAUGCUUCUCUGGGGAUGUUGGAGGGAUGUAGUAUUCCAGCAGUCGGCAACCCUAUCAAGUUAGAUAACAUUGAUCAGAUUGUUUGCCAGGGUAAACAGAUCAGUGUUAAUGGCUGGUUUCACUUUGUACAUCUGGAGGAGGUUGCAUGGUCCUACUCUGGAUUCAAGUGUCAGAAGGGCUGUUCUCCCGGGCUGGAGAACCAAACCAAGGGCACCGAGAACAAUGAGGAGCCUGGCACUCUGCAAAUGAGACCUGAUCUGCUUCAGGCGAAAGUCUGGAAGAGAUCAGGAGAAUUGCAGACAGAAUUGCCGCCGGAGACCGCGGCUCUUGAUGAAUGGCCAGCUCUUACGGAUGUGACAAGCAAACAAAAUGCCACAAAUGAACCCUUGGUAUUCGGGAGAUUUGACCCCUAUAGGAAAGAUCUGAAUCUUGAUAUACCUUUACAGACAACUGACAGAGAUUCAGUACAGAGGAUUCACAUAGUCUUCGUGGACGAACUUGGAAAUACCACAGAGUUGUUUUCCUACAACAUCACACGGGCAAAUUAUGUCGACAAUAAUGUUGCCAUUGUUUGGUCAGGCAUCUCAUCUGAAAACGUUGCCAGAUUAGAGAGUGCUGAUUUAACAGUGGUGGUAACAUUCAAAGAAGGAGAAAGGAAUGGCACUCUUAAGCUAUCUAAGGAGUACAACAAGUUACGACAUUAUAAUGCAUUGUUCAGUCCAUACACCACUGAGGGUUGGUUAUCUGGACGUAAGUUUUUGGGUCCCUCCAGCAAGUACCCGAAUUAUGUGGAGCCAGUAGGUCCUUGUGUACAGCUUCCCCACAACUAUGUGGCCUUCCUUCACCUUCAUGAGCUGCAGAAUGAUUUCCAUGGUGUGGUUGCCGUGUCGUUUCUCGACCAUCGAGCUUACAUCACAGCAGCCGUUCACGGCCUAGACAAACCCAUUGAGUCUGUGCAUCUUCUAGGACCUGAACUAGGGGGUUCUCCUUCCUUCUUUGUUACAAAACAGGAUGAUGAUUCUCCCUUCAUCAACACCAUUGUCAAUGUCACAUCUCAGAUACCAUACAUCGGUUCAGUGAGAUUCCUGAAGACGGUAGUGUUACGUACAUUGGACAUGCUAAUAGACGGCAACCUACAACAGGCUAUGCAUUGCAUUCUCAAGAUGAACAGCAAAGUCUAUGGUGUUGGAGGAUUUCAGUUUACUAAAGGAAGAUGGUUGACAUUUGAAAUACUAUUGAAAAACAUUCAAACCAACAUCACAUCAGUGACACUGGAUGGCCCUGCCACGUGGGGUGUGAACGGAGCCACCAUGUACAGUCUCACUGACAACAUCGUCAACUCCAAGACAGGGGACUAUGUCGUGAAAGGCAGGCUUAAGGAUCUGAGCAGUGAAUUCCUGCUGGCCCUCUGGAAGGGAUGGAUCAGUGUGAAGGUCAAGGCUACUGGUGAUAAUAUCAUCGAGGGCAAGCUGAGCUCCCCAGGGAUCUGGUACUGUACACAGCUUGAAGGAGCACCAUGUCCCUUGGUGAACAUGCUGCCUAUCGACACAGUGUUUGUGGAUGAAGGGGCAGAAAAAGUCCCAGCAAUGGGGCUCGGGGCAUUUGUCCUGGACAGGGUGGACGUCCUACAGUACAGUAUCUUGGUGGAGAACAUUCCCAAGAAAGCUGAGCGUUCGGUCACAGCCAACCUCACCAUCCUCACCACCAACAUCUCCAUCACCCUUGAGCUACAUCCUUCACAGGACAGGGUCAAAGCAUACAAGGCUCACGGUAAAGUUCCCGAGUCCACCCAGGCCAUGAUCCAGGCUCUGGCAUCAGGCCUCCUCAAGCUGGUUAUACACAGCCCGGUCAUCGGGAAGAAGCCCUUCAAUGUCAGUCUCCCCACCAUCACAAGGGAUCUGUGCACAAGCCCAAAGGACUUCUUCAUUGGUGAAAGUGACCACUUCUGGUCUGUCGGAGACAAAGAUCUGCCCAGUGUCUAUGCUCUAGUAGGAGACCGACUCGUCUUCAAAUACUCCUCCAACCAUUCAGUCUACCUCAUGGCAUCCAAGUCCGCCUACAACAGCUGCAACUUCACUGACGCCACAAUGUUGGAAGGGCCGGCUGAGAACACCACCCACCACCUGCACCCACUCAGGAAGGCUGGCCGAUUGUACUUUGCGUCUCAGCUAGACUGUAAUGCCACGCCCCCAGUGAAGGUCAUGGUCACAGUCGUAGAGGGAGUGGCCCCGCAGACAGCAGAUCUGGAUGACUGUGGAGAUUCGCUGUACGACAUUUGGAGGAAACAAAAGCUGUCCAAGUUCACACCACCUAACCCCAUUGGUUCAGCAUUCGGAGGCAUCAUUGUGGGGCUGAUACUAUUGGCUCUGUUUGUGGUAUGGGAUCGCAGAGUUAACCAGAAGAAGAGUGGAAACUUAGCUCUGUUUGAAAGAUUCUAGGGAAGAACAGGGCUUCUAAAUCCUGGGUUAGGAAUAACACAGCAGUUCUUUUGUACUUACACAAAUGGUAUAACUCAUUACCAUUAUUUCGCUGAUAGUAUUUCUCGGCAUAGCAGUUGUCAAACAGAGCCUCAGGAUGUUUGGUUUAAAUUGAUAAACCAAAUAUUUUGGGUCCAACAAUUUAAUUAUUUAAGUGAUAUAAAAAUGCCAUCCUAACCCUAUAUGUCAACCUGUCUUAACAGACCAAAAUAUUAAUGGAAUGUUUUUGUGUAAAUUGUUAUUCAAGAAAUAUCCUUGUUACAGUUACUAUGAUACCCAGGGUAAUUGUAAUCAUCAUACAAAAAUGUAUUGAGAUGAAAGUGAUUCUCAUGACAAAACUAUACCAGUACUCAAGAUUGUAAUAUACAAAACUCAAUCAUAGGUAAAAUCAGUCAGCAAACAGUGAUACAUUGCCAUAUUUGCAUAAAACUUUGAAAGAGAAUGAUUACUUUGAUAGUUCUAUCAAUGUCCUAUCUUUCAUUCAGUUCCUUUCUGAUAUUUUGAAAAAUUGGUUUCAUUUAAGAAAUGGAUACAAGAAUAAUUUUAUCACUAAAAUGCAUAAGGCAUUUAACAUGAGAACCAUCCAUUUCAAUGGGAACAGAACUACGCAGAUCUGAAUAACCUGAUCUCACCACCGAUUUAAAGAGACCAGCACAUGUACUUAGAAUCUCAACCCCACUGGAAGCAGCCCACUGGGAAUAGAAACGCAAAUCUGAAUCUGUUGGAGGAACUAUUGUUAACCUAUCACAAAAACAGAUUCAGUAAUUCAUCUAGAAAACCCAACUAGUCCUAUCGGACCUUGUCUAGUCUCCACUACACCCUGACAUGUUGCUAAAUAGUUGGAUUAUGUAACACUUUCUCCUGGGGCUUUCCUGAUUCACUCAUGUAGUAAUGAACUGCAAAUACUACAUGACAACAUGGUACAGCUAUGUACCUCAUUCAGGUUGUGAUCCAGCAUUAAGUUUGAAAUGGGAAGUGUCAGAUUAUGACAACAAUUCUACAGUGUUACUUUGAUGCCUCACUAGGAAAGUAAUCUCAGAUAUAGUUUUGUUGCAUGAAACAAAUGGCUAAAUACGAUUGCAUCAUACUGUUAGAAUGUGUCUAAAUCAGCUGGCUAGUGUGCGAGUGUGAACAGGCACUGUUUGAUAUCAACACUCUCUUGUUGAAAUUUCACACUACAUAUCUUUGUGGCUGUGGCAUGUCUAGUAUCACAGUAUGUAUCAAUACAUUGGUUGGGAGUAUCAUGACAGCCUAACUGUAACAAAUCAAGCUUGUCUUCAGAGAAAGUUACUUAUGAUUCAUAUCAUGCUGUGUUUGAUCUGAACUCGAUAGGAAACAGUUUUACAAAAGAUAAGUUUUACUUAACAGCCAGUGUGAUGGAUGAAGCUUUAAUAUUGAGCUCUAAUGUUCCACAGAACCAACUUGUUCUUGUAUAGCAAUGCACCAAAUGUUUGUAAUGAGGAUAUCAUUGACAUCGAUCCACACCAAGUGCUUCUUUGGGUCACAACACCUUCAUCAACCAUAGGAGAUACUGUGAGCCCCGUGAUUAUAACCCAUAACAACCACAUUGCUAUGUCAACAGCAGAGCAUCAUGGCAGGGCAUCAGAUAAGGGCCGUAUAGGCGUA